UUUAGGUUUCAAUUUACCACAAAAAAUCGAAAAGACUUCUCAAUUCCUCAGAACUCACAGCCAGCUCAAAUUCCUCACCGGAGCCAUCAUCAAUGGCCGCCCUUCACCAAACCGCCGCCUCUCUCCAGGCCAAGCUCCUUCCAACCAUCCGAAUCUCCCGAACCACUCCCGUAAACCUCUCCUUCUCCGCCACUUUUCCUUCUCGCAGUCUCCGCCUCGGCCACCACCGCUCUCACGGCGGCGCAAAAAUGUCCGCCACAGCCGCCGGAAGCUACGCCGCAGCGCUGGCCGAAGUCGCAGCCUCGAACAACACGCUGGACGCCACAAGCAGCGACGUGGAGAAGAUCGAGAGCGUGUUCGCGGAUUCGCAAGUGUUCGAUUUCUUUGCGAAUCCAACGAUUGGCGUCGAGAAGAAACUAGAAGUGGUGGAUGAAAUCGCUACAUCCUCAUCUCUACAGCCGCAUUCGGCGAAUUUCUUGAAGAUCCUGGUGGACGCAAAGAGGAUCGACAUCCUGAAAGAGAUCGUGACGGAGUUUGAAUUGGUUUACAACAAGAUUACGAACACGGAGCUUGCGGUGGUGAGUUCGGUUGUGCAAUUGGAGCAACAGCAUUUGGCGCAGAUCGCGAAGCAGGUGCAGAAAUUGAGUGGAGCGAAGAAUGUGAGGAUAAAGACGCAGAUCGAUCCGAGUUUGGUGGCUGGAUUCACAGUCAGGUUUGGAAAUUCUGGAUCAAAACUUAUUGAUUUGAGCGUCAAGAAACAGCUCGAGGAAAUUGCUGCUCAGAUUGAUCUUGGCAAUAUUCAACUGGCUGUAUAAAUUUACAAAUGCAUUUUGUGAAUUUUUUGCUUUUUGUUGAGUGGUAAUUAUUGAGACUAUAUAUAAAUAUAUAUAUGUGAUGUAAUUUAUUCGAAUUGCUUUGAAUCCUUAAUUUGGUAAUUUUGUAAAUUUCUUGGCCGCAAGGUCGUGUUUGUUGGAACUAUCAUACUUGUAUGAUUUAAAUUCUAAAUGAGAAGGAAAAAAAAACCCUUGAAAUUUGUAA